GGCUGCUUCCUUUCUGAGCACGUUGAACCGACAGUUAGGAUUUAGCCACAUCUGGAGGCAAGCCAUAGAGUCAGGCUUUGCAACGCUCGGAUAUACCAGGUAUCGCCACUAGAGUAAAGACCUCUGCAUCGGCUACGAUGUGGUUCUGGAUUAUAACUGCAGUACUCAUUAUUGUCACUUUGCUCACCACCUUGAGGAAAUGCUACAAAGACAAGCGUUUGCCGCCUGGUCCGACUGGCCUGCCGAUACUUGGCUAUCUUCCGUUCAUCAAGGAACCGUAUCAUGUUGCUUUCAAAGAACUGAGUGAACAAUAUGGGCCGAUUGUAAGGCUCAAGCUCGGAUUCAAGAACGUGGUUGUGCUCAACGACCUUUCCUCGAUACGGGAGGCGCUCGCAAGUACUGACGUGCUCUAUCGCCCCGACAAUUUCAUCUUCAGAGAACUUGGAUACAUUGGCAUCUUAGCAAUGAACGGAGAGCAAUGGCAAGUGAAUCGGAGAUACAGCUUUCAUGCAUUGCGCAACCUGGGCUUUGCGAGGAGACCUAUGGAGAAAUAUAUUCAGGCGGAAGUGCUACACCUGGUAGAUCUUCUCGCCUCCCAAAAGGGAAAGCCUACUAUGGUGGCCCAACACCUUGGGUCAAGCUUGGCCAACGUGAUUUCGGCGCUGGUGUUCGGACAACGCUUUCGCCCUGAGGAACCCGGGGGUCGCUUCAUCGAGCGGCUAUCGACCAAACUCAUGCGUAGCGAAAGCUUCUUCUCAUUCAUGGACUUCUUUCCAGGGAUUCGGGCUUUGCUGGCUACAAUCCCCAAAACAAGAGUUCACACUAUGAAGUGCAUAAUGAAGGAAAUGGCACAGCUUGUGACGGAGGAAGUAACAAAGCGGGAGGGAAAAAUAAACAAGCACGCCGACGUGGACUUCAUUGACGGAUACUUAAAGAAGAUUCAAGGAGAAGGCACUGAUUGUCAUUACACUUUACGAAACCUUCAAGGGAAUGUGGUCAACAUCUAUGGAGCAUCGACAAACCCGGUGCGCAGAGCCAUUUUGUGGUGCCUGUACAUCGCAGCCACAGAUCCGGAUGGUCACCAGGCCACUCUUCAACGUGAAAUCGACGUCGUUGUGGGCCGCGAGGGGACGCCGCAAUGGGAAUACCGGCACCGCAUGCCACUGACAAUGGCUUUCAUACAGGAGACGCUGCGCUGGAGGACGAUCUCGCCUAUCAGCGUGCACAGAGUCGCAGGUAGGGACACCAUACUGAGUGGGUACCACAUUCCAGCUGGUACUUUUGUGGUGCCCAACUUGUGGAGCCUUCACAACGACUCUGCUCAUUGGCGAACGCCACACAUGUUUGAUCCGGCUCGAUUCCUGAAUGUUGACGGCACUGAGAUAGAUCAGAAGGCACAGGCAUUCCUACCUUUCAGCCUUGGCAGGCGUGCGUGCCCUGGUGAGACUCUUGCCUUGACGGAAAUAUUUCUGUACGUGACAACUUUGCUUCAGAAGUUCAGAGUGCUUCCGCAAGAAAACAAGCCCUUGUCUUUCGCGUCUGGCAUGGCGCCUAGGGCUGUUAUCGAUCAGACACUGCACUUCGUAGCGCGCUUCAACAUUACUGCUUGGGAAUGGUCAAUAGUGACGGCAUCAUUGACGAUCACAGUGGUCUCAUUGUUGGUGCUGAAGACCCUAUCUACGAAAAACGGCACAACAAAUGGCAAACGCUUGCCACCAGGCCCAAGAGGCGUGCCAAUACUCGGCUACCUUCCAUUCGUCUCGAAGCCAUACCACGUUGUUUUCAAGGAAUUAAGUGAAAAAUUUGGCCCUGUUGUGAGAGUUCGGCUAGGCUGCAAGGACGUAGUGGUAUUAAACGACCUGGAGUCAAUACGAGAAGGGCUGACAAACCCAGACCUUCUAUUUCGGCCAGAUAAUUUCGUAUUCAACUACUUUGGAGUCGAAGGCAUUGCAUCCAUGAAUGGAGAGCCAUGGCAAGUGAACCGGAGAUAUUGCUUCCAUGUGCUGAGAAACCUGGGAUUUGCCAAGAAAUCUAUGGAGAAACACAUACAGGAGGAGGUUCAGUGCUUCGCGGAUCUCCUUGUGUCGAAGAAAGGCCGACCCACUCGGAUAGCUCAGGAGCUUGCGGCCAGCGUGGUCAACAACAUCUCGGCGUUGGUCUUCGGGCGGCGAUACGAGGCUGGCGACCCAAAAGGCCACUUUGUCGUGGGGCUGCUCAGGAAGUUUCUGCGCCACGCGAACUUCUUUUCGUUUAUGGACUUCCUGCCGGUAAUCCGCGCCCUGUCCACCUUGAUACCAAGCUCGAGGUUCCAUAUCAUGAAUCACGUGUUUACGGAAUUGGCACAGCUCGUGCGAAGCGAAGUAAAGAACCGCGAAGGAAGAAUGGAAGAACAUUUUGAUAGGGAUUUCGUUGACGGAUACAUGAGGAAGAUUCAAGAAAACCAAGGCAUCAACUCCAACUACAAUCUUCGAUACCUGGAAGGGCACAUGAUCAAUUUCUAUGGGGCCGCAACCAAUCCUGUGCGAAGUGCCAUCAUGUGGAACCUACUCAUCGCUGCCAGUGACCCAGACGGCCAACAGGCGCGCGUGCAGCGUGAGAUUGACGCCGUAGUGGGCAGCCAGAGGGCGCCAGUGUGGGAGGACAGGCGGCAAAUGCCGUUCACCAUAGCCGCCAUUUUGGAGGCGCUCCGCUGGAGGACACUGACGCCACUCGGCAUACAGAGGGCUGCAGGGAAGGACACAUAUAUUGGCGGGUACGAUAUUCCUGCUGGCACCACAGUGGUAGCCAACUUUUGGUGUCUUCACAACGACCCGAGGCAAUGGCCCGAGCCCUCUAAGUAUGAUCCGACUCGUUUUCUCAACACUGAUGGCACGGAGGUGAUCGACAAGCACCCGGCAUUUCUGCCUUUCAGUCUCGGAAGACGUGCAUGUCCCGGUGAAUCGCUUGUUAUUAUGGAAGUUUUCUUGUACGUGACUACAGUACUUCAGAAGUUUCGGGUAUUUCCAGAGGAAGGAAAGUCUCUUUCCCUUGACGUUGAUCGCGGUGUUCUCGCUGUGGCUAACGACACGCAAGCACUUCGCUUCCUUCCGCGUUGACUGACCAAG